ACUAGAGCGAUGGAUAAUUAAGCCAAUAGUAUUUGUAGAACCCCUCGGCGCCCGCCCCCUGUCUUCUACAUCUUCCAAUAAGGAACCACAACCGGGUGAGCGCGCGUUUCCACCCGGGAGGGUCUGUGAGGCCGCAGCUCCCGCUUUCGGGAGUCCUAGCCUCAGCACUGCGGCUGGCGAGGACGCUGACAGGGAAACCAUGAGCGCAGACUCUGUGGGAGAGUGCGCUCGCCUCCGGCGCUACUGCAAACUCCCAGUGUGGGUCGUGGAGGAUCACCAGGAGGUCCUGCCUUACAUAUACCGGGCCAUUGGCUCAAAGCAUCUUCCUGCCAGUAAUAUAAGUUUUGUGCAUUUCGAUUCACAUCCAGACCUCCUUAUUCCUGUGAAUAUGCCAGCUGACACUGUGUUUGACAAGGAAACACUUUUUGGAGAAUUAAGUAUUGAGAAUUGGAUUAUGCCUGCGGUUUAUGCUGGCCAUUUUUCUCAUGUUCUAUGGCUUCAUCCCACGUGGGCUCAGCAAAUCAGAGAGGGAAAACAUCACUUUUUAGUAGGCAGAGACACUUCUACCACAACCAUCAGGGUUACAAGUACAGAUCAUUACUUUCUAAGUGACGGUCUUUAUGUAACUGAAGACCAGCUAGAGAACCAAAAACCUUUGCAGUUGGAUGUGAUUAUGGUGAAACCUUACAAACUCUGUAACAAUCAAGAAGAAAAUGAUGCGGUGUCUUCUGCUAAGAAGCCAAAGCUAGCACUGGAAGAUGCAGAAAACACUGCCUCUACUAACUGUGAUUCUUAUUCAGAAGGACUGGAAAAGGACACAGUGACACAGAAGAAGGGCCAAACUUGCCUAGAGCAGUCACAUCCAUCCUUUUCUGAAAGCCAAGAAUGCCAGACAACAGUCAGCACUGGGGAAAUUCUAGAAAUUUUGAAGAAAGGGGAUGCAUUUGUUUUGGAUAUUGACUUGGAUUUUUUUUCAGUCAAGAAUCCCUUCAAAGAAAUGUUCACUCAGGAAGAAUACAAAAUCUUACAAGAGUUGUACCAAUUUAAAAAGCCUGAUACCAACCUGACAGAGGAAGAUUUGGUAGAUUGUGUUGAUACUCGAAUUCAUCAGUUAGAAGAUUUAGAAGCUGCUUUUGCUGAUUUGUGUGAUGGUGAUGAUGAAGAAACUGUACAGAAAUGGGCUUCAAACCCUGGAAUGGAAUCACUAAUUCCACUUGUACAGAGUUUGAAAAAACGGAUGGAAGUACCAGACUAUGAAAUGGUUCACCAGGCUGGUCUAACCUGUGAUUAUUCAGAACUUCCUCACCAUAUCAGCACAGAACAAGAAAUUGAGUAUCUUAUUCAGUCUGUAUAUUAUUUACUGAAAAAUUUACCAAAACCUACUCUCGUGACAAUUGCAAGGUCAAGUCUGGACGAUUACUGUCCUUCUGAGCAAGUUGACACCAUUCAAGAAAAAGUCCUUAAUGUGCUGAGCUCCCUGUAUGGGGCUGUAGACAUUCACCUGGUGUAUUUAGCAGAGUGUUCUCCAUCUUGAAACAACAAAACACUAGGUUCCUAUAACGUCUUGAUGUAAUAACAGGGUUUUCAUUAACUUAUUAUAAAUGAGUCUUCCAGAGAAGACUUUUGUUUUUAUAUUAACUUUGUUAAAAUCUUUCAGAUAGUUUGAAUCUCAAACAGAUCUUCUCAGUUGUUGAUGACAAUUUUUUUUUUUUUACGUCAGUUCUACCCUCCCCCCAUC